CCGAUUUGGUAGUUUGACCUUACAAGGCCACCGUAGCUACGUACAAAGCAGCAGGCGCGUACAUUCUGAUGUUGCUCAUGAAUGCUAAGCUAACACCAACAGUCCUUUUUUAUCAUUUAUCAUACUGAGUUGAGAGUGUUUUUGAGUCAAUGGAGAGUGUAAAUGCUAAGUACGUGUCGCAGAAAAUCAGUAAAACCAGAUGGAGACCAGUUUCACAUUCGUCUUUGCAGCAACCAGACAUCUUUGCGACGGGCUCGUGGGAUAACGAGGACAACAAGAUUUCAUUUUGGUCCAUUGGGAAUAAUGGAACCACUGGCAUGGAUGAUGGAUUUGAAGGAGACCCACAGCUGCUGUGUGAACACAAACAUGAUGGAGAUGUUCUGGACCUUCAAUUUUUGGACCAAGAAAGAAUUGUCACAGCGUCAUCAACUGGAGCUGUCACCAUCUUCCGCCACCACCAAAACAGUCAGACGAUAUCAGUUUCUCAGAGCUGGGCAAGAGCACAUCGUUACCCUUGUGACAAUGCUCCCUGUACUGGUGUUGUAUGCAGCAGUCCUGAGAUUGUCACUGUCGGUGAAGACGGCAGGAUCAUCGUCUUCAGAGCCGACCAGGAGGGAGUGGCUCGGGUUAUAGAGAAUGCGGACAGCAGCACGAUCCAUGCUGUGACUUACCUGAGGACAUCGGAGAUUUUGACGGUGAACUCUAUCGGCCAACUCAAGCUGUUUGACAUCAGACAACAGAGCAACUCGCCAUCCCAGAUUCUCUCUCUGUCAGGCGAUAGAGUCCCUCUGCACUGUGUGGACAGACAUCCGAACCAGCAGCACAUUGUGGCCACAGGAGGGCAGGAUGGCAUGCUCUGUGUCUGGGACGUGAGACAAGGCAACACACCCUUCUCACUCAUGGAGGCACACUCUGCUGAAAUGUGGGAAGUCCACUUCCACCCAUCCAACCCAGAUCAUCUGUUCACAUGCUCAGAGGACGGUUCACUGCUGCACUGGGAGACUUCCUCACCUUCAGACAUGCCCUCCUUCUUACAAGGUGGCAGGAACAACAGCAUGAUAUCUCGCAGUGCGAUGGCCCCCGCUGGAGGGAACCAGUCCCUGAUCAACGCCUGGCUCAGCGGAGACUCCAGUAAAGGCCGUCUGGAGACGACUCACAUGCUGCCCAGCCAGACGCUGUCCGUCAACAGUUUGGAUGUACUCGGACAAUGUCUUGUCUGUGGGACUGACGGAGAGGCUAUUUUUGUCAACAGACAGGUCCCGGUUUAAAAGAGUUGUUAGUGUACAGGACAGGAUCUGUUUAUUUCCAGUCAGGACAUGUUUUAUUGUCUCUUUCGAACAUACAGUGUGCCCAAAAUACUGUGUUCAAAAGGUUUUUUUGUGUGUAUUUGGUGUUUUUUUAGAUCAUCAUUCCAAGCAUCAUUCUGAGUAUUUCAAAUCAGCUGUACUUAUGUAUGGAUGACAUUGAAAACUGUUGAAAUAAAUAAAUUAAUGAAAAGGCUUUAUACAAAUG